GUUGGCAAGUUAUCUUCGAUUUUGUCCAUAGCUUCAUCCCAUGGCACUCAUCACCGCCAGAUUUAAGCUACUCACGUGGCUGCCCCGAAUAUUAUGAGACACCCAAGACAAUGGCGUUCAACGGUUCAACCAUGGGUUCAACUUUGUCAGACAAAACCAACGUGAAUUGUUCGUUCUAAUGCGUACUUGACGAACUGCUUGGAGCAGCUUACGCAGUGAGCAACGUUCACUGAGGAUGGAGCAGUAUCAAGUGGUGAGUUCUGUGGGAACAUCGCAGGGUCAACAGAUAGCGGAGCAACAGCAACAAGUAGCGGUCAUGCAGUCUCUGUCACCUAUAGCUCACGUUGGUCAGCCCCAGGUGUUGCAGGUAUCCCAGGCUGCAAAUGGACAACUCCUACAGGCAGGGCAACAGAUCAUGGUUCAGACAUUGCCUAAUGGACAAACAGCAGCUAUUCAGAUUCAAGGACAGCCAGGACAGCAAAUCCCUCAGAUUCAGGUGAUUCCAAUUGGACAGCUGCAAGCCCAGCAAGGACAGCAAAUAAUUAUCCAGCAACCUCAGCAGGGCCAGAUAAUUCAAACUUCAGAUGGUCAGACCUUGGUCUAUCAGCCCAUGUCUAUGGAAGGAGCAAACUUUGUUCAAGGGCCUGGAGGCAUCAUUCAGAUUCCACAGGUGGUUCAGGCAACGCAGGCACCUCAGCAGGCUCAGCCGAUUACUUUACCUUCUUCUAUGGGUGCUGGAAACAUUGUCAUGCAGGUGGUGCCAAAUAAUGCGACGGGUGCCACGAGCAAUCAAACGGCUGCCCUGCAAGCGGUGCAGAGGAUACCUCUUCCGGGAGCUGAGUUGGUGGAAGAAGAACCGCUCUACGUGAAUGCCAAACAAUAUCAUCGAAUCCUCAAGAGACGUCAGGCAAGAGCACGCUUGGAGGCAGAGGGUCGGAUCCCCAAGGAGCGACGGAAAUACCUGCAUGAAUCACGUCACCGACAUGCCAUGAAUCGCAUCCGAGGGGAAGGAGGUCGUUUCCAUUCUGGCAGCUCACGGAAAGACUGUUCUCCUUCGAGGAACUCCAAUGAUGAUGGCUCGAAUCCUGAUGAUGUGUCGAAUGGGUUGCACUCCACUAUAGAGAGCCAAGCCUCAAAGUACACAUUCACUGUUCAAAAUGGUCUCAUCAGUGUGGUACCAUCGGAGCUCAUGGUGGCGGAAUCAAACUGACGUCAUCCCCAACUUGUACAUAGGGUUCAUUGUCAUAGUUUUCACGGUGAAUGGGUCACGAAAUAAAGUGUGCCACAGUGUUUUUGUGUAAACACUACAUGCA